CAAUGCCGCCAACGACAACAACAAAACUUCUUCUCCCGCGACUUAUACAAAAGGGGUUCUCCCAGCUCCUUCUCCCACCCUCAUAUACAUUUUCUUUCAUUCAGUGGUCCAUCUCUCAAAAAUAACAUCUCCCUACACAGUAUAACUCCAAUCAACACACCCACCCACCCACAAAAACAAUGAAAACCAUCGACGACUCCGACGAAGACCCCUCUUCCUUCUGGGGCAAAAUGGAAUACGCCCGCGUCAAACCUUUUGCCGCCCAAUUCUAUUCUCCCGAUUACAUCGAGAAGUACCCCUUCGAUUCCCUCGACCCUUCCUAUGCCAACAAGCUCGAUCUCUCUUUCGCCGCUCUCUCGCCCGCCGAACAAUUCCUGCGUUUACCCAAGGGAAUCGUCGAAAACACGGAUGGAUACCUCUCUGAGGGCGACCUGGAGAAAAUGCUUACUCGACCAAGUUUUCUUGCUUGAAAGAUGUUUGAGAUAGGAUUAGGCAGUCCACUUCUUCGCACCAAUCACUCAGUUCCUCUCACAAUGAUUUGCUUGAUCUUGGAAGGCACUCGUGGCCGAGCACCGGCGAGCUGAAUGAAUCAUGAUUUGAAAGUGAUUUCUGGGACCCAAACAUAUGGGAAAGUUCUUGAUUCUGCGAAAGAGAAGACUGGCCAAAGACCUGGGGGACUUGGGUUCUUCUCGUGACCAACCAGGCUCCCAUACAGUAAGUCGCCUUGGGAAUGGCUUCCUCGUCAGUCCUGAGCUCUUUCCGUGCCAGCCAUCACCGCGAUAGUUUCCUUCCACUUUACAGGAUGUGCCUUCUGCUGUUGUCUAUCUUCAAAGUGGGGUGGGGAGUUGUUAGUGCAGGUACUGCCGCAGUCCGAUAGUUCACCCUCGAACAGCACUUUGCCCUGUGGACGCAAAC